AUGUCAAUCAUCAUUUCCACCCCAGGCCAAAUAGCAGGUGCUCCUACAAAUCGAUCUACCGCAAAGCAGCAGUGGUCUUUCUCAAAGGCUGCCCGAUUUUCAGCCUUAAAACCUACCGAGUAAGCUUUACCCAGGGCUCAUUUUUAUUCAAUUCCUCCAGCUUUUGACAAAAGAUCAGCAUCAAUCGGCUACGGCACAAAAUCUGAUUUUACCAAAGAAGAGAGGACAAAUUAAAAUAAUAACCUGUAGUCUUCCAGGUUUUAUGCUUCCGCAUGCUUCGAUCAACUCCAAUCUGCUUGCCGAGCGGAAAUUCAGCUGCUAUUUGGAACAGGGUCUUCUGUAGAAGCAGGGUUACACUGUGAUCCCCAAGAGUGUCGACGUGUUGGGGAGAAGCCCUGCCAGUAUCCAUCAGGCGCUAUGGAUGUAUAACCUCCUUACGGCUAGUUUUAGAGAGGUAACACCCAGGAAAAAGGAACCAUGUUUUUUUGAACUGUAAUGGAAAAAGCUGAGCCCAAAAGCCAUCGAUCAUUGAGUUGCCACAAAUUUGCUCCCAAGGCCAUCCACCUACAAAAUCCCACCAUCCGAUGAUUAAUAUUAAUUUUAAAGGAUCCAAGUCUUGGCUAAGCUAUAAGGGACUUUUGCGACCAGAGUGGAGCAUUGUCACCAAAUAUACAUUUAUUCUCCACUCCAUAUUAAUUAUAAAAGAGGACAAGGAAACCCAGACCCAAGCGCUUAUAAUUUACCAAGCGACUUUGACAACAAAAAGCCUUUUGGUUUAGCCUACUCGUUUGGUAUUUCUCGUGAAGCCUGUGAAAAAAGGUAUGUAGAAGGCCACUUUAAAGCAGACCCUUCAGUUCCUGGUCCAGGAACUUACCCGAUUACUUCAAAGAUAGGACAGGAAGGAAGGAAAUUCACAUUCAGGCCUCGCACAUCAAUUCUAGGUAACUGCUAAGCAGAUGAAAUGUUUAACAGCCGAAAAAGUCCUGGCCCAGGUGCUUAUGACCCUAAAAGUGAGGUUGAAAAAGGCAGAUACACUUUAAGCACUUUUAAAAAUGCAGGAAUUACGACUUUUUCGCCACUGUCAUCGCCAAGGUUUCCGAAGGAUCAAAAAAAUGGACUGCCUGGUCCUGGUGCUUACUAUAAUAGUGAGGAUUUCUUAAAGUCUGGGUAUUAUUUGUCGAAAUUUCAGUCUCCAGGGAACAGAGCUUUCCCGAUCUCUAAUAGAGAUUCGUCUCCAACCUCAGGGUUUUGGGACACUCCAGGACCUGGGAGCUAUAGGCUUCCAAGUGAAUUUGGGUAUUAUGAAAGCAAAAAUAAAGCGCUAGAUAAGAGACCAAAUACUCAGUCUAUGCCAAAUUUGAAAUCUCAAAGGACACCUGCAUCAAGUCAGAAGCCAAAGCCUGUUACAAGGAAUUAA